AUGAAACCGCGGCGAACAUCCCAAAGAUUUACCCGAAGAAUCAGAAGUUCGUGUGGAGGGCGAAGAAGAAAGAUUCCUCUUUGAAUCCGCUCCCCCCUCCGCCACCGCCCGCGGUUAUGGGCGGAUCUUCCGCGGGACCUAACGGCGAACAUUCUGCAUAGACUGGGGAGCGGAAGAGGUCCUGAGGAGUGGGAUUAAGGUGUGCAGCUCAUGGCGAAGCACGUGCAAGGAUCCUGCAAUGUGGCGUGUCGUCGACCUCUCAAACACCACGGAUACCGAGACCAAGGACUUGGAGGAAUUGUGCCGAUGCGCGGUGAAUCUCAGCCAGGGAGAACUCGUUGACAUUGCCAUUGAUGGCUUCUGCACUAAUGAAUUGAUCCUCUAUAUUGCUAACCGAGCAAGCAAGCUUCGGCGGCUUCGGCUUGUAUCCUGCUACUUUGUCUCUAAUGAGUCUUUGAGUACGGCUAUCGCGCAGCUUCCAUCAUUACAGGACCUGGAAAUAUACUUCCCCGAGCUCUCGACCGAAUGCAUCAAAACCAUUGGCCUCUCUUGUCCUUUCCUCAAGUCAUUUACUUACGACAGUUGUGAAGAUCCAUGACAAUGAAAGGGCUGCGCCGCCUCUCUCUCUUCAGGAAUGCCAUGACAGAGAAAGGCGUGCGGGCAAUACUUGAUGGUUGCCCGCAUCUCGAAUCUCUUGACUUGAGAAGGUGUGUUUCAAUGUCACCACCCUUGAAGGCUAUUUGGGUGGGAGGUUUCUGAAGAUGAAUAAUGGUUUAUGUAGGGA